AUGAACAUGUAUAUUGAUUUGAUUGAAGCUGGUAUCCCGAUGGAAAAGGCCAACGGCACGAAAACGGCUGUAUAUACAGGUUCCAUGACGAAUGACUACUCGCAUAUGGCACAUCGCGACCCCGAAAAUAUGCCCAAACACACCUCAAUUGGUACCACGUCCAGUAUGGUCGCGAAUCGCGUCAGCUGGUUCUUCAAUCUGCACGGUCCCUGUGUGAAUCUCGACUCCGCCUGCUCUAGCAGUUUGAUGGCUUUCGAUAUGGCUUGUACAUCACUUCGUAUCAAAGACAGUGAUAUGGCUCUCAUUGCAGGUGUAAGUGCCAUUUUAGGCGCCGAAGCCAUCAUGUCAUUAAUGAAUAUGAGCUUUCUUUCCCCCGACGGUCGCAGCUAUAGCUUCGACUCUCGGGCUAACGGGUACGGACGAGGUGAAGGCUGCGGUGUCGUGCUGGUCAAACGUCUGGCUGAUGCAGUGCGCGAUGGCAACGUUAUUCGAGCAGUCAUCCGGUCCACUGGAUCAAAUCAGGAUGGCUAUACACCAGGCAUCACACAGCCCAGUUCUACCUUGCAAUCUCGGUUGAUUCGGGACACAUAUGCCAAGGCAGGGCUCGAGUUUGAGCCAACGCGAUUCUUCGAGGCGCAUGGCACUGGGACGGCCGUAGGCGACCCCAUCGAAGCUGAGGCUAUCGGUCGUGUGUUCCGCAAGGCGCGUUCGCCGGACGAUCCGCUAUACAUAGGCGCGGCCAAAUCGAAUAUUGGUCACCUCGAGGGCGGCAGCGGCAUUGCAGCGGUAAUUAAAACGGUACUCGUGCUCGAGAAAGGGAUUAUUCCACCCAAUUCAGUCAAUUUCGAGUCCCUAAACCCGGAAAUCGAUGCCGAGUUUCUCAAUAUAAAGAUCCCAACAAGGCCUAUGGCCUGGCCAACUCCUGGAUUGCGACGGGCCUCUGUCUCCUCCUUUGGAUAUGGUGGCUCCAAUGCGCAUGUUGUGUUGGAUGACGCAUACCAUUACCUGAAGCAACAUCGCCUCGACGCCCCUAAUUGUACUGCGCCUCAGGCUCACAUCGCGAACGGAGUACCCAACGGGGUAUCAACCUCAGUAAAUGGUGUCAAUGCGCGUGUUGAGACCAUUGCAGAAGCCGUUACCAAUGGCCACACGGCACAGAUUCCCUCACGACUUCUAGUCUGGUCUGCCGAAGAUGAAGGUGUCCUUGGUCGCAUGACUGACGCUUACAGUCAAUAUGCACACUCACUCAAGAUUCAGCAAGACCAAGAGUCAGCGUUCUUAGGUGAAUUGGCUCAAACGUUGUCGGAAAAGCGCAGCCAGCUUUCAUGGCGCGCAUAUAGUGUGGUGGACUCGUUGUCUGCUAUAAAGGCCCUUCCAACUUCUCUAUCCAAGCAAGUGCACACUACAAGGUCUCUGGCUCUAGGGUAUAUAUUCACAGGACAAGGGGCCCAGUACUACGGCAUGGGACGGCAGCUCGUCACCUACCCGGUGUUUGAAAGCAGUCUUCGUCUCUGCGAUGAUGCGCUUCGCUCAUUUGGCUGUCCCUGGUCAGUGUUUGAUCUCCUCGCCCAGGCGAGCCCUGAAAGUUUCGAGAUAGAUAACCCGACAUACGCACAGUGCUUAACUACAGUACUGCAAAUAUCGCUGGUCGACCUCCUGUCGUCGUUUGGAAUCGUGCCCUCGACUGUUGUCGGCCACUCUUCUGGCGAGAUUGCUGCCGCAUAUGCCGUCGGUGGACUCUCGCGCGAGUCAGCGUGUCAGGUAUCUUACUUCCGGGGUUUGCAUGCCGGUACACUGCGCAAUGGCAAUGCGUCGAUGCUCGCAGUAGAUUUAUCGCGGACCGACGCCCAAACAUACCUCCAGAAAUUGGACUCCAGUAAGCCCGGCAAUAUCACUGUUGCCUGUAUCAACAGCCCUAGCAACGUGACUAUUUCUGGUGACAAUCACUUGGUGGAUGCGCUCCAGGCCGAUCUUGAACAUAGUGGAAUUCGGUCUCACCCUUUACGUACGGGCGUUGCAUACCACAGCUCUCAAAUGCAGGCCAUAUCCUCCCUCUAUAGGGAUUCUCUACAGGGUCUGAUGGCUGGAUCGCCGAGCAAGACCCUCAUGAUCUCUUCUGUGACGGGUUCACCUAUCGGUGACCGCAAGAUACUGUCCACGGCAGAUUACUGGGUCCGUAACAUGGUUGAGCCCGUGGAAUUCUGCGGCGCCAUAACAGAGAGUCUCUCACAUACGGGAUCGAAGAAUCGCAAGAUUGGCGCGCCAGUCAAGCAUGCUAUAACAGACUUGUUAGAGAUUGGCCCUCAUGGGGCCCUGCAACGGCCAUUCCGGGAGACUCUGCGCAGUAUGAAUUUAAACCGAGAUGUCCGAUAUAUGGCCACGCUCGAUCGACGCCAGCCAUCGCUGCAGGCGCUUCAGUCUGCAGUGGGUCAUCUCUAUGCCCAGGGAUACUCCAUCACAUUUGACGAGGUAAACCAAUACCGCGGGGGCCUUCCCCAACAUACAAAACAGCUUGUGAAUCUUCCCUCUUACCCUUUCAACCAUUCUCGUCGGUACUGGUUUGAGACGCGUGAGACUCAGAAAGUCAGACUCCGCUCUCAUGGACGUCACGAGUUACUGGGUGCCCCAUCGCCAGAAUCACAUCCCGGAGAGGCACAUUGGCGUACCUUUUUCGACCCCGUCCAAACGCCAUGGAUCCUUGAUCAUGUAGUGAAUGGCAAGCCAAUUUACCCGGCGACGGGGAUGGUGGUCAUGGCCAUCGAGGGUGCAGAACAGUUGGUCGAUGCCUCUUUUCCACGGUCCGGAUAUUUCGUUCACGACGCCACAUUCACGCAUCCAAUCGUGAUCAACCCCUCUGGCCGCGUCCAGGCUGAUCUUUAUAUGCGGGCGAUUCGGUCGGCGGAGAAGACUUCCCAGUCCUUCGAGUUCCGUAUCUACACCGAUGUCAACAGUCAGUGGCAGGAGACUUGCCGGGGUUACAUCUCGGUUCAGCUCGCAAGCGAUGAAGAUGUCCUCCUACGGCAAGAGAAAGCACAAUCGCUGUAUCAUCAGGAGCGUUGGGAGGAGAUAUCCCGCAAAUGCUCCAGUCCGGUCUCAACUCAAGGGAUGUAUGAAGCCCUCGAGACGAACGGGUUGCACUACGGCCCGGCCUUCCAGGUCAUGGAUGCCAUAACCUGGGACGGAGACAAGUGUGCGACAGCCGAAAUCCACACUUUUCCCUGGACAGCGAAGCAGUCGCAGCAUGGUCGACAAAAGCAUGUCGUGCAUCCUGCCACUCUCGAUGGCCUCGGCCAGCUGGGUGUCGUGCCUCUGACCGACGGAGGCUCAAAGUUGCUCACGACUGGACUAGUUACCACGCGUGUCCAGCAGGCGUGGGUCGCUGCGUCAGGAGCAUCUAGUCCCGCUACACCAUUUCUUCGGGCAUUUGUGCGCUCACAUACUACCGGAAUGCGAGGCACUGAAACUGAGGUCACGGCCCUGGACGAGUCCGGACAGGUCAAGAUCUGUAUCUCCUCUAUGGAAACCACUUCAAUGACCACAAACAACGCAAAGGAGCUACAGGCCCAGGCGCGUUCGCUGUGCGGCACGAUUGAAUGGACUCCGGUGUUGAAUUCCAUGACCCCGGACCAGCUGAAAGCCUGGUGUAGCCUGCCACUAGCCGACAAUAAACCGGAGCUUUUUGAUCUCUUGGAGAUAGUUCAGCUGUCAUCCGCUCGCCGUGCUAUCGAGCAGCUCGAAGGGCGAUCGACAUCUCACCUGCCUGGUCAUCUGCAGAAAUACAUCGAUUGGCUGCAGUGGCAAACGCGUAGAUAUGACGAAGGUACAGCAUCAAUCGCCGUCGAUCAUUCUCUCCUUCACUCGUUUGAUCCAGCUGUUGCCGACAACUUAUACGAGAGGUUAAAGCACUUGAGCGCGGAAGCUGUCCUCAGCGUGGUGGUUGCUCAGAAUAUGAGUGGUAUACUAGCUGGCACUGUGGACCCUCUAGAUCUGCUUUAUCAGGACGACCGCGCUGCACAUCAUUAUCAGGCGAUUGCUGAUCGUAUGCUUCAGCCGGGCCAUCUGCGUCACUAUUUGAAGGCUCUGUCUCUCGAGAACCCCAGGAUGAAAGUCCUAGAAGUCGGGGCCGGGACGGGGUCAUUCACCAGCCAUGUACUGGAUGCAUUGGCUGGAGAUGCUGGGAUUCUUCGGUUCGCACACUACGACUAUACGGAUAUUUCGGAGGGGUUUUUCGAAAAGGCACGCGAGCGAUUCGCGUCUAAUGGCAGUAAGAUGAGUUUCAAGAUGCUGAACGUCGAAAAAGCGUCAGAGGCCCAGGGUUUCGAGAAAGGCAGUUAUGAUUUGAUCGUUGGUGCUUGGGUUCUUCAUGCUACGGCAGACCUGAACGCCGCGACGAAAAAUGUCCGCGAGCUGCUGAAGCCGGGAGGAAAGUUGGUGAUGAUCGAAAUCACUCAGCCCGAGAUCCUGCGUACUGGAUUUGUUACUGGAACUUUGCCUGGGUGGUGGAUGGGGCAAGAGGAUUACCGUGAGCAUGGCGCGUGUGUGACAGCGCAGAAGUGGCAGGAGAUCCUUCAGGAAAACGGAUUCGACGGUGUUGAUCUUGCAUUUCCGGACUGUGAAGAUGAGAAAUAUGCGGAACACAGCCUGCUGAUAGCCACGGCAUCCAGGACGCCCCCCCAGUCCAAGCCACGGCCUGUUAUAUGUGUCAUUGACCCGGCCUCAACGAUACAGGCCAAGCUGGUACAUGACCUGCAGCAACAGACUGCUGAUGAGACCGAGUGGACGGUAGUGUCUAUGGAGGAGGUGAAUAACAUCUCACUAACUGAAAACCCUGUGGUUCUCUUCCUUCUAGAGGUGGAGAGUCCCGUUCUAGCUGCUCUCUCAGAGGCGCUCUAUGAUCGACUACACCAUUUCUUCUGCCGCGCUCAAGACGUGAUAUGGGUCAUGGCCUCGAAUCCAACCUCUCCAAAAGCACCGCGUGUGCGUGCCAUUCAAGGGCUAGCGCGCGUGCUUUGCACCGAGAACGAGAGGCGUUCUUUCGCAACGCUAGAGCUAGAGGAUCACCUAGACUGUCCGGCCGAAUGGGUAAAUCACAUUUAUCGAAUUCUUUCGCAACGACGUGGACAACAAAGCAAAGACCCUGAGCUUGAUUAUCGCGAACAGAACGGUGUGCUGCAUGUCGGGCGUCUUAUUGAGGAUAUAGCGCGCAAUGAUACUUUGCUGGAGCAAACACAGGCUCCGGUGAAGUGGCAGCCCUUCCGGCAACAAGUACCCUUAUCGCUUUACCUCUCCAACCCGGGAUCACUCGAUGCCAGCUCCAUGGUCUUUGUCGAGGACCUAGAGUACUCUCGAGAGCUCGCUCCCACGGAGAUGGAGAUUGAGGUUAAAGCUGUAGGUGUGAAUUUUCGAGAUGUACUAACAGCUUUGGGAAGACUGCGUAGCGGAGACAACCUAGGCUGUGAGUUCGCCGGCAUUGUGGCUCGUGUUGGCAAAGACUGCGUCGGCUUUCAGCCUGGAGAUCCAGUUUGUGCAGUGGUUCUCCGAUGCGUACGCACGUAUGCUCGGUGUGACUACCGUCAAUGCUGUCGCAUCCCUAUGGGCGUAUCGAUGGCUAUGGCGGCUUCAGUACCUACUAUUGGAGUCACGGCGUACCACUCUCUAAUUAUCUUGGCACGUCUGCAGCCUGGUGAGUCGGUCCUUAUCCAUUCCGCUGCAGGAGGCACAGGACAGCUAGCCAUCCAAGUAGCUCAGAGUGUGGGAGCAACGAUAUUUGUGACUGUCGGAUCGCAGGAGAAAUCACGUUUCUUGCAGGAUCGAUACGGAAUCCCCGAGGACCAUAUUAUGUAUAGUCGUGACACGGCGUUUGCACGACAUGUACGCCGCAUGACGGAUGGCCAGGGCGUGGACGUUGUUCUUAACUCGUUAUCGGGUGAUGCCCUCGUCGCAUCAUGGGAGUGCAUCGCGCCAUAUGGGCGAUUCGUUGAACUAGGCAAUGCCGACGUUGCCAAUAAUUCAAAGCUUCCCAUGAGAAACUUCGCAAAAAACGUGUCUUUCUUCCUUGUUGCGGUGGAUCUCAUUUCGCGCGAGCGUCCAGCACUCAUCGGUCAGUCCCUGCAGCCGAUUAUGGAUAUGAUGGGAGCCGGCACUCUGCAUCCGCCAUGGCCCUUGCAGGAAUUUUCUCUUUCGUCUAUGGAGGAGGCUCUCCGUCUGAUGCAGAACGGAAAGCACACAGGCAAGCUCGUGAUCAAUUUUGGUCCGAACGAUGUCGUCCCGGUAUGUGUUCCAAGUCGAUUAACUCUGACAUAUGCUGACAAUUCCGAGAUCUCCCUACGACAUACACCGUCCUAUGUCUUCCCUGCAAAUGCAACAUACGUGAUUGCAGGCGGGUUGGGUGGAUUAGGGCGUAGUGCUGCGCGCUGGAUGGCAAGCAUGGGAGCCAAGAACCUUAUUUUGCUUUCUCGAUCAGGACCUAAAUCAAAUGAAGCUCGUCAACUGAUCGACCACCUAACUUCGCUGGGAGUCUGUGUUCGCGCACCUAAAUGCGAUGUGGCGGACAUCGAUGCGAUGAAAGCUGCACUGAGUGACAGUGCAGACCUCCCUCCAAUCCGAGGCUGUCUGCAAGCCACGAUGGUCCUACAGGACGCCAUCUUUGAGAACCUCACUUACGUCCAGUGGACCACAGCCAUCCGCUCCAAGGUCCAAAGUACGGAGAAUUUGCAUGCCCUCCUCCCAUCCAACCUGGAGUUCUUCGUCAUGCUUUCGUCUCUCGCAGGCAUAGUCGGCUCUGUCUCGCAAGCCGCCUACGCAGCCGGAAACACCUUCCAAGAUGCCUUCGCGACUUAUCGACGCAACCUCGGCCAGGCAGCCACUUCGCUUGACCUGGGCCGCAUGGGCGAGGUAGGUAUCAUUGCCGAGAACACAACCUAUUCACGACACAGACAGAGCGUGCCUGUAAUGGAGGAUAUCUCAGAGCGAGAAUUUCAUGCGAUUCUGGAACAGGUCUGUAGGUCCACUCUAGACGCAGCUCCCGAUUCGACAUCCAGCCAGAUCUUGGUGGGUCUGGCGACUCCGGCCCAGAUGCGCGCUGGAGGCAUUGAUCCCCCCGCUUGGAUACUUGAGCGCGCAUUAUUCAGUGUUCUGCCGCAGGAGGCUACAGCGGUAGAGGUUGAGUUGGAUCCGAGCGCUACUACUUCGACGGCUGCGUCACAUUGGCAAGCGGCUCUAGUCAAGGCUGGUCCUGAGUCCGCUGUGUCUGUUGUAGUCGAUGGGUUGACGCAAAAGCUAGCGCAUGCGUUGGACCAAACGGCCGCGGAAAUCGAUCCGCAGAGAUCCCUGGCAGUACAAGGUGUGGAUUCAUUGCUAGCGGUUGAAAUACGGCAGUGGAUUUCCAGGGCGUGGAAGGCAGAAGUGUCAGCACUGGAUAUUACCAGUACGCCUAGUUUGGAGGAGUUGGCGGUGAUGGUUGUGGGUCGGAGUGAGAUGCUCAAGGGGCAGUCAUGA